AUGGGGAGAGGAAGGGUUCAGUUGAAAAGGAUCGAGAACAAGAUCAACCGGCAGGUCACUUUCUCCAAGAGAAGGUCCGGGUUGCUGAAGAAAGCCCACGAGAUCUCUGUGCUCUGUGAUGCUGAGGUCGCCUUGAUUGUCUUCUCUACCAAAGGGAAGCUCUUCGAGUACUCUACCGAUUCUUGUAUGGAAAGGAUCCUUGAACGGUAUGAGAGAUAUUCAUAUGCAGACAGGCAGCUUCUUGGAAAUGACCUUGAACAAAAUGGAAGCUGGACUCUGGAACAUGCAAAGCUCAAGGCUAGGGUUGAGGUUUUACAAAGAAAUCAGAAGCAUUUCGUGGGAGAAGAUCUUGAUUCCUUGAGUCUUAAAGAGCUUCAAAAUUUGGAGCAACAGCUUGAUUCUGCUCUCAAACACAUCAGGUCAAGAAAGAACCAACUUAUGUACGAAUCAAUUUCAGAGCUUCAGAGAAAGGACAAGGCAUUGCAGGAGCAAAACAACGUGCUUGCAAAGAAGGUGAAAGAAAAGGAAAAGGAACUAGCCCAACAGGCGCAGUGGGAGCAGCAGAAUCAUACCGAUCUUGACUCGGCCUCUAUUGUUCCCCAGCCGUUGCAGUCGUUGAACAUUGGCGGGUCUUAUCAAGCAAGAGGCAAUGGAAGAGUGGACGAAGGAACUCCACCUCAUCGAGCUAAUACACUGCUGCCCCCAUGGAUGCUUCGCCAUCUUAAUCAAUAAGAUAUCAUAUAUUUUUAUAUAUAUAUAUAUAC